AUGGCUUCUGACCCCUUCAACCACCCCAACAGCAGCUCCUCCUCUUUCAUCCUGGUGGGCAUCCCCAGCCUUGAAGCUUCCCCUACCUGCCUGGGCAUCCUUUUCUGCUCGGGUUAUAUCAUCACCUUGGUAGGAAAUGGUCUAGUUUUGCUUGUCAUUGGGCUGGACCACUCCCUGCGUGACCCUGUCCACUGCUUCCUGGGCAUGCUGGCGGUCAUCGAUGUGGUGAUGGCGACGUCCAUCGUCCCCAAGAUGCUGAGCGUGUUCUGGAUGAAGUCUACAGAGAUUGGUUACGUGGCCUGUUUUGUUCAGAUGUUCCUUGUUCACUCCACAACAUCAGAGGAGUCAGGAGUGCUCUUGGCCAUGGCUGUUGACCGCUAUAUUGCUAUUUGUCACCCCCUCAGGUACCAAACCAUCUUGAAUCAUGAAACAAUUGUCCGCAUAGGGCUGGCCAUUGUGGUGAGAGCACUCCUGUUCAUGGUCCCCCUGACAGGGAUGGUGACAAGCCUCCCCUAUUGCCAUUCCCGGGUGGUUCCCCACUCGUACUGCGAGCACAUGGCCGUGGCCAAGCUGGCCUGCGCAGACCCCAGACCCAGCGGGCGCUACAGCGUGGCCAUGUCCUCCCUGAUAGUAGGGAUGGACAUGGCUUUCAUUGCUGUGUCCUACGGGAUGAUCCUUAAAACUGCCCUGGGGAAGAAAUCGUGCCGGAAGGCCUUCAGCACGUGCGGGUGCCAUAUCUGUGUGAUGCUGCUGUACUACAUCCCUGGGAUUGUCUCCAUAUAUGCACAGCUCUUCAGUAGCAGCGUAUCCGCACGUGCCCAAGUUCUGCUGGCUGAUCUCUACCUGACCCUCCCCACCAUGCUGAACCCCAUCAUUUACAGCAUGAAGACCAAGAAGAUCCGUCAGGCAGUGCUCAGAAUGCUGUUUUCCAGGAGGGUUCAUGCCUGA